ACUGGCCGGGAGCCGCGAUCCAGUGAGACGGCAGGAGGGGGCCCUCUGCCCAUCUCCCCCACCUAGACAGCUGUCCAGCUCUUGGAAUUCAUUGGCUUCCCCCACCCCGCCUCCCAAAUACCACCCCAAUCCAGUUUAGUCCCCCGCCCCACCCUCGCUGACCGAAUAAGGCCAUGUAGUGUGUGUGGGACCUAUAUAAAAGGUGUGGGCUCGCGGGGACUCUGCACGACGCCGUGGAGAGAAGGCAGCAGGCACCCAGUGCCCACGAAGACGACCAUGGCCAAGGAGUGGGGCUAUGCCAGCCACAAUGGCCCUGACCACUGGCAUGAACUUUACCCAAUUGCCAAGGGAGACAAACAGUCGCCCAUCGAACUGCAUACUAAAGACAUCAAGCAUGACCCUUCCCUGCUGCCAUGGUCAACAUCUUAUGACCCUGGCUCUGCCAAGACCAUCCUCAACAAUGGGAAGACAUGCAGGGUUGUGUUCGAUGAUUCUUAUGAUAGGUCAAUGCUGAGAGGCGGCCCGCUCACGGGACCCUACCGGCUCCGCCAGUUUCACCUCCACUGGGGCUCCUCAGACGACCACGGCUCUGAGCACACUGUGGAUGGAGUCAAGUACGCCGCGGAGCUUCACUUGGUACACUGGAAUCCAAAGUAUAGCAAUUUUGGAGGGGCUCUGAAGCAACCUGAUGGAAUAGCUGUGGUUGGAAUUUUUCUGAAGGUAGGGUCAAAAUUGACCAUAUUUUUUCUUUCAAAACUUAAACAUAAAGGCAAGGAGACGCCCUUCACGAAGUUCGACCCGUCCUGCCUGUUCCCCGCCUGCCGGGACUACUGGACCUACCACGGCUCCUUCACCACGCCGCCCUGCGAGGAGUGCAUCGUGUGGCUCCUGCUGAAGGAACCCAUCACCGUGAGCUCCGACCAGAUGGCCAAGCUGCGGAGCCUCCUCUCCAGCGCUGAGAAUGAGCCCCCAGUGCCCCUGGUGGGGAACUGGCGUCCUCCGCAGCCUAUCAAGGGUAGGGUGGUGAGAGCUUCCUUCAAAUGAGGCUGCAGGAGCUUGCCCUCCUCAGGAAAGGAGACCUGCCACCGUUGGAGAGCUUGGUUCCCUGACUCCUUUUGGCGCUUCUUACUCCAAGUAUAUUUCAGUUUUCCACACUGAGCAAUGAAUGUGAAAGAUGCUCUCACCAGGAAACCAAAGUUACUUAUGACAAGAUGUAACGUGAAAGCAUCUGGCCUUUGUAAUAAUUACCUUUCCUAUAAAAGUAGCAUUUCUAGUAAGGUUUCAGAGGAGAAGAAACAGAAAGAGAAGGGUAAUGAUGUAGAAAAAUGGCUAAUGGGCACCAAUUUUCUGUCACCUUAAAUUUCAUAGAACUUCAGUAUUACUGUUUUCAUAUAAUGAAUUGUCCAUCUUAAAGAAGUAAUGGGUAAUUCUAUUAAUAAUAGAGGUAAAUGAAGAUCAUAUGGCAAGUAAAGAUAAGCCAGAAAUUAAAAUUACUCUAGACACCAAGAAUUGAUAUGGUAUAUUUUAACCCUUCUAUAAAACCAGCAAGAGUUCCAUCAUUCAUUAAGAUUUUAACUUCCGUAAUGAUAACCUGGUUUUGAUUACAAUGAAAAGGAAAAUACAUUGGAUCAGUUUAAAAAAUUUGACCUGUAUUUGAAUUUCUUCUUCAAAAAGAUGAUUGACUUUAUCCUAAUACUUUUCCUUACCUGAAGGAGGGCCAUUUAUUUUUAAUUUUACCACUUUUAUCUGUGCAUGCUUAUUAAAAUAAAAACUGCCUCUGACACCUUUCUAACUUGAGAAUGGAAUUAAUGAUUCUUAGAACAUGCAGGAGUGAAUGACUGCACUACAGAUAAAAGCAGUUGUACUGAUCAAGACUAAUAAAGACAUGAAUACAUGAA